CUCGGAGAUCACAGGGUAACGGUGAAGGCUGUUGAUGGGAGUGUCUGCUUGAAAGCAGAGUAGGCGUCUUGCCUGGAAGCGGUCGAAAGAAGAACUCUACCAGAAAAACUAAAGAUGGAUGCAGACAAUAAGACGCUUCUUCCUGCUAACCAGAAUGUCAAGGCCACUGAAGCGGGCGUUGCGAAUGUAACCGCCAAUUUGAAUGAUUCGACACCUAAAACACCAAAUUCAAAACUAUUGAAUACAAAUCAUGUUGCUUCCUUUGGAACUUUCGGCAUCGAAUCUUCCUCAACCCAAAGAAAUACUCUUAAAGACUCAGAUGAAAUCUUAGAAGGGAUUAUAAACAAUGGAUACUCGCAUAAGGGUGACAUCACAUUGCAAACUGAGAGCCUGGAUGUAACUACAGCGCCCCGUAGCGGCAGUUUUGUAGGCGACGAGGGGCCAUGUGCGAGAUCAAGUUCGCGUCGCUCCACCCUUGACUGGUAUCAAGCAUCUGCUGGGAAUGUCAACCUCGCCAACAUUCAAGAUGGCGGGCCACGUGAGCGUAGAACGAGCAGCAAUAUCAAAUAUGUCGUCUUGAAGGAAGAGGAUGGUAGCGUAGAUUCUCUACCGUCAACAGAGUCAACUAAACCACCAUUAUUGAAGAAGUUCAAAGUGCGUUGGUAUAUCAUCUUUGUUUUCUCAGUGGCAAACUUUUGGAUAGGGCUGGCGUUUUCUACUUGGGGACCGAUAGCGAACUCUUUGGAGUUCGUCUUCAACUUUACCGAUGCACAUGUGGCUGCCAUGUCCUCUCUGGGCUUGGCUGGGUUCAUCCCCAUGUUCCCGAUAUACAACUGGCUUUUGCAGAAACACGGAUUGCGGGCCCCAAUGUUAGUCGGGACAGCUGCUAUGGCUUUAGGAGGACUAUUUAGAUGUGGUACCUACAUUAAUAUAGAUUUUUGGUGGUUGCUCUUUGUUGGACAAGCAGUUACGAGUUUAAGUGUAGCCAUCCAAGGCACUCUCGGGGCAAGCCUUGUUGCCCAAUGGUUCCCCACCGAGGAACGGGUCCUAGCUACAGCGCUGAUCACACUCACGGCGCCUCUUGGCCAAGCGGCUAGUUCUGUUAUUGGUCCCCAGGUUGUUCGUGAUCACCUCAAAACUGUUGUGACACCUGACAAUUGCACGGACGAACUCCUAAAACAAUACAGGAGCAACUUUGAAUGCAUUCAGCUGGGUCAUGAUCUUCCUUCAGCUGAAGUUCACAACCGACACGACCUUUACAUGGAUAUCAACAUUUUUCUUUUUUCUCAGAUGGUUUUAGCUGUCCUCAUAUUCAUCUUAACCUUGGUUUACUUCCCUCCAAGACCUCGCCUGCCGCCAACAAUGUCUGCAGCCGGAGAUAGACUGAACGCAAGGAUCGGUAUACGAAAAAUGAUAAGAAAUCGUGACUUUUGGUGUUUUUGCAUUGUCGCCUCUCUUCCGUAUGGAUGCUUAACAGGGUGGAUACCGUUACUGGAACCGAACCUACGACCCCUUGGUUACUCGCAGAAAGAAGCUGGUCUAAUCUCCUUCUUCAGUCUGACUGUUGGCGCCGUAAUGGGCAUAUGCUCAGGAUAUGUCUUGAGUCGUCUCCGUCGACACACCAAACGCAUCCUUCUUCUCCUGCUGAUCCUCGCCGCAGGGAUGGUCACAUGGUUUACCCUCCAGUGCUGGGGAACUGCGCCUCACUCUACGGCUACCCUCUAUAUCUCGAGCAUAUCUAUAGUAGUCUGCCUCUAUGUCCUGACCACCGCGGCCGUGGACGUCCUAUGCGAAGUCUCCUACCCUGUUCCCGAGAACUUCCUCAUGACGGCCAGUCAGCUCAUCAUUGUAAUGAUCGCCAUUUUGUUUUUGAUUGCAACUUUUAUUCCCGGAUUCGUCAUUGGAAUCACCAACUGGGUUCUCCUCGGUGCAGUCGGUGUCGCCAUUCCUCUCGCUUGCUUUGGGCGAGCCCGGCUGCUGCGGUUAGAACUAGAUUCACAACAAAUCGCCACCUCAGAUAAGAUUGCCACUGCGUGAUAAUAAAGCUUUGUCCUAUUUUGGUGAACCUA